UCUUCCAUGCGCUUGGCGAGGAAAUUGGAUUUUCUCAAUAUUAGUUGAACUGUUCCUUAGAUACUAGAAAAUUGAGUUAUCGAGUUAGAAUCGGAGUACUUUCUUGCAUUCUUCUUAUAUGUACUAGAAGAAUGGUGUCGACGGUCGGCGCUACUCUUGCGUAUUUUAAUUGCAUUGGUUAAAGUGGAAGGCCCGGGUGCCAGUGAUUUUGUUUCUAUUUCUCUUAACAAUGGAAAGGGUUAUUUCAUUUUAUUAAUGAAUGCUGGCAGCCGGCAGCCGGCAGCCAUGCUUCUCUGUACGCAGGGAAGAGCAGGUGCGUUUGCUUGGUAGGCUCGAGUUUAUAAAUUUGAGCCCCCAUAGUCCUGUUACACAAGUCAGUUUUAUCGAGACUGCAAGAUGCAAGGGGAAGGAGAAGCCCCUGGAGAAGUACGCAGGCGUACUUCCUUGUUAAACGAAGAUGGGAAUUUCAAAGGCUUGGCCUGGACCUUGAUGAACCUAGUGCCAGGAUUCAGCAUUGGAGAUUUCUACGACUCGGGUGGGACUUUUCUGUUUAACAAGUGUAAUUUUUCUUUAUGAAAACACCCUUCAGUGUUCAGUCGGAAAACUACGUCGUUGGUAGCACAGUUCGCCAGAUUCGGUCAAGCGCUGCUUUUUAUUCCUUCCUCAGCAUUUUGACUAAAAACGAAAAGGAAAUGGAGCUCAGGGUCCCUGUUCACAGCCUGAGCAACUCCUCAUUACCUUCGCUAACCAAACCAAAGGUGAGAAUUUCUCAGAGAAAACUAGUGCCUGUACGUAUUACCUACCCAAUCUUAUCUUCAACUCCUAUUCGAAUGGAAUCCCAAUCGCCUCUCCGCGCCACCCCAACCGAAGACCAUCGCUCCACAGUAACCUCGUCUUCGCCCAUCGAAUCCGGAGCAAGACAAGGUCGAAUCGGAGAAGUGAAGAGAGUCACCAGGGAAACUAAUGUCUCGGUGAAGAUAAACUUGGACGGUACAGGAAUUGCUGAUUCUAGUACUGGAAUUCCAUUUCUCGAUCACAUGUUAGAUCAACUUGCUUCGCAUGGGCUGUUUGAUGUUCAUGUGAGGGCAACUGGGGACAUUCACAUCGAUGAUCAUCACACUAACGAAGAUGUUGCUCUUGCUAUAGGAACGGCAUUGCUGCAGGCUCUUGGUGACAGGAAAGGAAUUAAUCGGUUUGGUGACUUCUCAGCCCCUCUUGAUGAGGCAUUGAUACAUGUUUCAUUGGAUUUGUCUGGGCGGCCACAUUUGAGUUAUGAUUUGGAAAUUCCCACUCAGAGAGUUGGUACAUAUGACACUCAGUUGGUGGAGCACUUUUUCCAGUCUUUAGUGAAUACUUCCGGUAUGACACUUCACAUUCGGCAGCUUGCUGGAAGAAAUUCUCAUCAUAUUAUUGAAGCAACCUUCAAAGCAUUUGCUAGAGCUCUUCGGCAAGCAACUGAAUAUGAUCCACGUCGCCUUGGGACUGUGCCAAGUUCAAAAGGGGUGCUGUCACGAGCCUGAUGCUGCUUGAUUAUCAUGCAAUGGAUGGUUUAGGAUGGCCUUCAGGUGUUGCUAGCAGUGAAUAUAUUUUAUUCAUGCAUUCACCAGUGAGAUGCAUUUUGGUGAUCUCUUAUAGUGCACUUGAGACAAUCAGUUGAGCUACAUUACAAUGGAUAGUUUGUCGUUGUAUAUCAUAGUUCUGCUGAAGACUGUCUAAUUUGGGCAACACUUGGAAGCUAUAAAGGAUGCAGUGCUUCUAUGACUAGUUUGUGUCUUGUGAACAUGAAGAAAUCAAAUAAUACGGUAUUCAAACACGUAUAGAAAGGCUUAUCCGACCAUCCGUCAACAAUAAUUGCUCUUCAAUUAUGAGAAACUAACUAGUUGGAACCUGUCGAUUAUUGAAACUUUCUUGAUAGGUGGCCGCUGGCCAAUGCAGAAACAUGGUGAACCAGCUGUGUUACUAUUUUCUGCUACCCAUUGACAUAAAAGUGCUUGGAUUGCAUGAAUUUUACAGGAAUAUAGAAUCAUAGUCAUAAAUUUCCUA